AUGGAUGUAAUUUUUGAAGUGCAAAGAGGAAGACCAUUCUCAAUUGAAGUAGGAUUCUUUGAUACAAUUUUAGAAAUCAAAGAAAAAAUUCAAAAGUAUCAAGGAAUUCCGGUCUCUAAACAAACCCUAAUCUUCAAUGGCCAAAUUCUUCAAGACGACGGUGACAUUUGGAAAUGCGCAAUUUUUCAAAACUCGCGCAUUCACCUCAUGGUUGCCUCAGAUUCCGAUCAUCACAAACCGCCGGUUGAAGAUACCAAAUUUCACCUCAACAUCAAAACUCCUUCAUCCAAAUCCCACAUUCCCAUCGAAAUCGACAAAAACGACACCGUUUUAAAGUUGAAAGAGAAAAUUCAUGACAUUGAUCAAAAUAAUGUCCCACUGAACAAAGUCAUGUUGCACUCGACUGGAACCGAAUUGCACGACAAUCAGUUGUUACGCGAUUGUGAGUUUUCGGAGAAAAAUGAAAUUGAGGUGAGUUUUAAGCCACCGAUGCCGACAGCACCGGCGGUGGUUAGUGGUGGAGGCGGAGCCUCGAAGAAAUUGAAGCUGAUGGUUUUGCCAAAGAGUGGAACAAAGAAAAUUUCUGUGGAGAUGAAUGCUUCCGAUAAUGUCGGAGAAUUAAGGAAAGAGCUUCAAAGAUUGAAUCAAAUGCUUCAACUUCAUCUUCCACAAGAUGGUUACUUUUUCAUUUACAAGCAGAAUGUUAUGGAUGAUGAUAAGUCAUUUCGAUGGCAUCAUGUUAGUCAAGGUGAUACCAUUGAAAUCUUUAAUGGUAGUGUCACUGGUGGAUCAUGA